AUGCGUUACACAGCCGCAUCCAUAGCAGCAUCAGGCGGCUCCGGGGCAGCAGAAGCGUUGGCCGACAAAGCAGUUGGUGGUGGUGGUGGUGGAGGGUACGGCGAGCAUGGGCCCGUCGUGGGCGCUGGUGAGACGCCUCUACCUGCACCGGCUGCUAAAGUGUAUAGUGCAUGCCCGCUCCCACUAGGCUCUUGGAUUCAGGUGCACGCUGCUCAAGUGCGUAACCCGCAGCAACGCCUUGCUAUAUCGCGUCCCUGCUAUUGCGCAUCCCUACAGCGCAUUCAACAUCCACUCACUCCACUCCUUCUGCUCUCUCGCCUUUUCCCCUCCAAUUUCUUCUCUUCUCAUCGCAUCCCUGUCCUCUCCGCUCCUCGUUCCCCUCCUUGCCUCGCCCUCCAUCCCGCUUCCUUCCGCCCCCCCCUUUCCGCCCCCUUUCCCUCCGCCCCCUUUCCCUUCGCCCCUCUUCCUUCCGCCCCCCUUGCCCUCCACCCCUCUUCCUUCCGCCCCCCUUGCCCUCCGCCCCUCUUCCCUUCGCCGCCCAGCCGUCCGCCCGCGGCCCUCCGCGCAUGCCAUGGUUGCCAGGGCCUUCUGCGGCGUCGACUCUCUUACACAGAAGUCGACCUCAUCGUGGACGGUCGUCUACCAUGCAUGGUUCGGGAGCGCACGGCGGAGCAAGCACCUGCGAGCGGCCAGCAAGGAGGAACCGGUGAAGGAGGAGCUGUGCACGAGGCUCCAAGUGCUGUGGGCGUUGGUGGAGGAGCUCUUGCACCAACCAUUGACACGGAAAUCAUCGGGGCGAGCUACGGUCAAUUCAAGUUUGGAGUUGAACACAUCUCCGUGACGCCGCUGCUGGAGGGAAGGCACGACCUUACCGCGAAGGGAGAUGAUGAGACGGCGGAAUCCUACUGCAAUAGGGCCCGCACUAUCCGAGCGGAGCUGCUGACCAUUGGAAAGGAGGUCCACAUGGCCACGUUUGCCGCCCACGUACUGAAGGGCCUACCACCGGAGUACGGAUUUCUUUGCCGCAAGCUCGAGUUUUCCAGCCCUGACAUGACGGUGGAACGCGUGUGCAGUGAGGUGUUGAUGGAGGAGCAGACUCUCUCCAUCGAACAAAGUUACAAGCAGAUCACCAGUGAUGCAUCUGCUUUCUUGGGCGCUGUCAAUGCCAUCGUGGCUACAACGGGGGUCAACGGGAAGGAAGGAAAAGGGGGAAGGGAGCAGACGGACAAAAAGAAGGAUGGCAAGUGGGAGAAGAAGUGA